UUUUUUUUCAGACAAAUCCAAAGUUCCACCGAGAAAACAAAUUUUAAGUACUAAUAACAAGGCAAACAAGUACUACUCUAGUUACGACAAGAAUCGAAAUAUUUGAAUACUUCCAUCUAUCUGUAUUUCUCUUCUUCUUCUUUUCUUUGUUUGCUGAUGAAAUUCUGACAAAAAUUACACAUCUCCAGAAACAUCACGAAUCUCAAUACAUACAUGUUUCUGCUUCCAUUUAAUUACUAGCCCCAGUACUACUAGUAAAUUAAGUAAAUUUAAUUUAUUACUCUGCUUCAAUACAAACAAAACAAUUUUCCACAAACUUCCAUAGAUCUCACACAGAUAUUCAUCAUUGAUAUACUUGUUUUUACCCCCACUUCGUAUGGGCGGUCAAGAUUCAAUCCCCUCAAUUUCAAAGGUCAGAUUUUUUUUCUUCUUACUUUUACUAGUACUUGCCAAAUAUAAAGUCAUUGUAUUCCCUUUUCUAUAAUCAUCACUUUGGGAUUUGGGAUUCUCCUUUUUUCACAAUGCAAUUUUGUAAACAGGUAAAGACAUGACUGGUGGCGGUGGAAAAGUUAUUUCAUCACUACUAGCUAUAUGGCUUGAGGACUGUUUGGCUGUUGUUGUUAUUAUUGAUUUUGUUGUUUUGGUUGUUGUUGAUGAGAUGGGGUGUAAUGAGUCUAAAGCAGUUGAUACAGAACUAGUUAUUCGUUGUAAAGAAAGGAAAGAACUGAUUAAAGCUGCUGCUAAUUACCGUUAUGCCCUUGCUGCUGCUCAUAUUUCAUAUUUUCAUUCACUUAAGGAUGUUGGUGAAGCCUUAAGGAAGUUUGUUGAUGAAGAGUUAAUUGUUGGGAAUUCUUCAUCUUCUUUGUCUACACCUUCAUCACCUUCUUUAAUUUUGCCUGAUGAAAGGAAAAUUAGUAGUAGUAAUGCUAGUGGAACAACUCAUCAUAAGCGUAAAUCAUCUGGAUCUUCUUUAUCAAUUUCGACAUCUAGUUCGAUUUCUAAUUUUCAUGAUGAAGAUGACCCUGUCCAUGAUCAUUCUCACUUGCAUUUGUCAUCAGAUUCAUCUGAUGACGAUGACAAGCAUCUACAUUUGCCACAAAAGGGUCAUAGAAAUAAUGUACAUGACAAUAAUUACCCUCCAAGGGGUCAUAGGAAUGUACAUGAAAAUUAUGACCCUAGAAGGGGUAAUAGUAAUGUACAUCAAGAAUUUGAGGGUGGUCGUAUGGUUGAAAGUGGGGAACCAUCAAUUUCAACAUAUCCACAAUUUCAGCCAUAUGGGAUGAUGAAUAAUGAGGUUCCACCAUAUGGGAUGAUGAAUAAUGAGGUUCUACCAUAUGGGAUGAAUAAUGAGGCUCCACCAUCACAGGGAUUUUGGGAUCCAUUUUAUGGAAUGAAUCCACAAUUUCAGGCUCCUCCUUGGGGAGGACAAGGACAACAAUUUGGUGGAAAUGGAAAUCCGAAUACUUAUGCUUACUACAUGAAGAAAUCUUCACCAGUGAUGAAGACAGUGGUACAUGAAGCAGAUCCAACGCAUACCGGGUAUUCCAAUUCAUAUUGGAGCUACCCGAAUGACAAUGGUGGGUACUUUGGGUACCCACCAAUGGGUCCUUCAGUGGGUGAAAGGGGAAAUCCAAGUAAUCAAGGUAAUAAGAAACCAAGUCCACCAAAGGAGCCACCGCCACCUCCAUCUCCAAAGGCGUCUGCUUGGGACUAUUUUAAUCCGUUUGAGGGUAUAGAUAGUGGCUAUUCUGGUUACUUUAAACAAAACAGUUCUGGAUCAUUUAGUAGUAGUCCUAAUUCAACUGAAGUUAGGGAGAGGGAGGGCAUUCCUGAUUUGGAAGAAGAAACUGAGACUGAGAUGUAUAAGGAGCACCAUAAAGGAAAGAAGUUGAGUGAUGAACCAAAGACAAGGGCAAAUUCAUCAAAAAGUAGUGACAGUGGUAUAAAAUCAAUGCCAUCAGUGCCUCAUGGAAUUGAUUUAAGGGGUGUAGCAGGACACAGUAGUAUGGGAAGUUCAAAACCAGAUUCGUCAUUACAUAAUUUGGAAGGCUCAUCAACUUCAAGGGGAUUAAAAUCUGAGGGUAGUACAAAGCCGAUAUCGACAAUGUAUGAUUCGGGUUCUCACCUUUCGAGUGUAGAACCGUCAAAUAGUAGUGGUGGUACAGGUUCAAUUGAUAUUACAGAGGAAAAGAGCAACUUUGAAACUCUCGUGUCAGGAAGCCCGGAGCAUAUGAAGAAGAAAGGGGUGACUUUUGAGGUGGAUGAAAUGUCAAAGAAUGAGAUUGAAUCACCCAGCAGGUCAAGUAGCUUGACCACCACAUCACAUGCUCAUGGUGGGACCAGGGAUCUACAUGACGUUGUGACAGAAAUUCGAGAUGAAUUUGAGAUUGCUUCUAGUUAUGGAAGGGAAGUUGCUUUGAAGCUUGAGGUUGGAGAACUGCCUUACCAGCCUAGCUUUGUUAAAGAGCUCGUAUCCAGGAUUCUAUACCUGAUUGUUCCAUCCAUGUCGGUUUCCCGUACGGUAACGGUGCAGUCAGUAAGGCUAGCUGCCAAAACAAGAAAGUUGGCAAAAUCCUAUUUUGGAGAUGUUGGCCAAGACAAUGCUGUGAAGCCUUGUCACCUGUCAUCUACGCUUGACGAGCUAUAUGAAUGGGAGAAGAAACUAUAUAAGGAAGUUAAGGAUGAAGAAAAACUGCGGAUCAUAUAUGAAAAGCAGUGCAGAAGGUUGAGGAGUUUGGAUGAGCAAGGCGCUGAGUCUAGCAAGAUAGAUGCUACUCAGGCAUCUAUCAGAAAAUUGCUGACAAAACUUAAUGUCUGCAUAAAAGCGAUUGCUGCGAUCUCAAGCAGAAUUGACACGUUAAGAGAUGAUCAAUUGCGACCCCAAAUUGGAGAAUUAAUUCACGGGCUGGUGAGAAUGUGGAGAUCAAUGCUCAAGUGUCAUCAGAAGCAGUUUCAAGCAGUGAUGGAGAGUAAAACAAGGGCUCUCAGAGCAAAUACUGGAUUCCAAAGAGAUGCGAGCUUGAGAGCGACUCUUGAACUUGAGAUGCAGCUUUUGUCAUGGUGUAGCCACUUCAAUGAUUGGAUUUGCAGUCAGAAAUCCUAUGUACAAUCCUUAAAUGAGUGGCUUCUGCGAUGCCUUAAGUAUGAGCCAGAAGAAACUCCCGAUGGACCUGUUCCUUUCUCCCCUGGUCGUCUCGGAGCUCCUCCAGUUUUUGUAAUUUGCAAUGAUUGGUGUCAGGCAGUGGAGGCAAUCUCUGAAACUCGGGUAGCAAUUGCAAUGAAUGAUUUUGCUUCAAAUUUGAGGCAGCUUUGGGAACGACAAGAUGAGGAGCAGAGACAGAGGAUCAAAGCAGAAUACCUCUCAAAGGACUACAAGAAACGGCUAACCAUGCUUCAGCAAAAGAGAGGGAGCUCGGAGCACGAGCAAGAUGCCAAAUCCGACAGAAGUCACAUAAUUGUUUCAUCUGAAAAAGGGGUUUCACCAUUGGAUGAUCUGAAAGUGGACUUGGAUUCGUUCAAAAAGAAAUUAGUCGAGGAGAGAACAAAGCACAAGGAUGCCAUUAAAUUAGUGCAUGAUGCAGCUUCUAGUAGUUUACAAGGGGGCUUACUUCCAAUUUUCAAGGCUUUAGAGAACUUCACUUCGGAAGCUCUGAGAGCGCAUGAACAAGUUAGGUUACAGAGUGUUAGAGAUGGUUCAUAGGUAAAGUCGGCAUCAUUUUCUCAAUUGAAUCCUAAUCUUAUAUUCCUGUUUGGAAAAAGAUGGUUGAAGAGUUACACAUCAAAUGGAUCGCAUUCACUGUGUCAUGUGGAUAUUACCAAGAAAGGUGGUACCCAAACCUUGAAAGAGAGAUGAGAGGAAGGGGAUUAUGAUGACGGUGGCCAGCAGAAGAAGCGCAGAUUUCAGGGGAUAACUUUUAGCAUAUUAAACAGUUGAUCAUAUAGUUUCAGCUUCGCCCUUUAACGUUGGUAGGUAGGUACCUGUAUAGUUAUUCAUUUAUUUGUUUAUUGGGUCGUACUGGUGGAUUUAUGGUUUCAGGUUGGGGUAGGGGUGCACCAUGGAAGUUUGAAACCUGUUAAAUCAUGUGUUAUAUGGUAGAAUUAAUGAAUGAAAAUUUUGGCAA